ACUAUUCUCGACCUAAAAGUCCCGGGAACUAGCGAUCGGCUUGGUCGCUAAGCCAGACGAGGAUUCAAAAUGGCGGGAGAAACGAAAUUGCGGAGAAAAUGAUCGCCGAUGAAUAAGCAUGCAAACUUUAGACGUUUAUAAGAAGGAAGAAGGAAAGAUUUGGCAACGAAAACCAUCUCCUUCUCCGGAGGAAGGGUUGAUAGUCUGCAUAAGUCAUUCCACAUCAAGUGCGUUUUCUUUGCAAGGAAGGAAUAUCAGAUUUCUUCGAACGGCGUUUAAUACUAUUGGUGAAGCCUUUGCUGCCGGUGAUCACCAAGGAAACAUUUUUGUCUUUGAUUUGGCCAAGAAUAGGUUCUCAUUAAUUCACAAAACAGGAACUCCAUGUACUGCCAUAUCCUUCUGUCUACGGAGAAAAAAUGAAGUGUUGGUGGCUCUUGCUGAUAAUUCUCUAAGAUGUUAUGAUACAGAAUCCCAUGAGUUAGUGAGCUGGAUGAGAGGUCAUGACUCAUCAAUUCACAACAUAUCAGUCCAUGCUUCAGGACGUUAUGCGCUAACAUCAUCUAACGCUGUAGCUCAACUGUGGGACUUGGACACCUUUUCUCGCAAAAGGACUUUAAAUGGAGCCCAGACUGUUGGGAUUCAGCAGGUCCUUUUCUUGCCACUGAGCAAUACCAUAGUAACAUGUUUCAAAGACGACAGCUUGUUUGUUUGGGAUUCAGAAACACUGAAGUGUAAAUUUCAAUUACCUGUGCCACCUGAAGAAGCUAAACAGCCCCAUUACGGGGCACUAGCCACUCCGAGGGAUGGACGGCUACUUGUAGCUGGAGGAAGGUCACGUUUCCUUCAUGUUUGGAGUCUGGAGAACAAGCGUUUGCUCCAUGUCAUUCAACUUCCUGCAAGAGUGCGACUUGUGAGGCAGCUGGAAUUUAUAAGUAACAGCUUUGAUGGAGGAAGCAGUCAGAAACUGGAAAGGAGUGCAUUCUGCAAGGUGCCCAAAAUAAGAAGUGUUUCAAAGUUUAUGGUUCAUGACCAGAAUUGUAAUUUAGUUGAUCUUCUAUUGCAGCCACCUCCACCAUUAGUCAAAACUGUGUGGGAAGAGAGACCAUCGUCCCAGCAAGGUAACAAAUCAGGUCGGUCACUUGGAAGUGCGAUGACUAAAGUUGGAGGGACACCAAAAAGGAAUAAGACUAAAUCACCAGCAAGGCCACGUCUCCAAAAUGUUGAUGUGUCUGCAACCUGGACAAGUCCAGACUCAGGACUAGAGACUGAACUGCCUGAAGGGCUCAAUCAAACCAGACUCAAGUCAAUCCUUCAAGGCUAUGGCGAGUAUCCUGCUAAAUACAGAAUGUUUAUUUGGCGGUCUCUUCUCAAACUUCCUGAGAAUCAUGCAGCUUACAGUAGCUUGGUGGAUAAAGGAACUCACAAUGCUUUUGCAAGGCUUCAUGAAGAAUAUCCAAUUAAAAGUAGAAAACUCCUGAGAGUUCUCCAAAGAACGCUAUCAGCCUUAGCCCACUGGUCAGCCAUAUUUGGUGAAGUAGAUUACCUGGCUCUGCUGUCCUUCCCAUUUGUUAAACUGUUCCAGAACAAUCAACUAAUCUGUUUUGAGAUGAUAGCAACAAUCCUGAGUAAGUCAUUUGUUUAUAGACAGACGGUUGUUCAAAGCCAGAUUUCAGCACGAGUAAUUAAUAAUUGCGGCAGCCGUGAAAUUAUUCUUAGUCCGUGGAAAUUAUCUAUGCAGUAUUAUAACAAUUUGUAUCUUCGUCCCCAGUACUUCUUUCAUAACCGAAAUGCGGUAGAAGUUGGCUCGGUCGUCCGUGAAGCUUACCGUUUACAGGAGAGCACUCCGGCAGAGGUGAACCCCAACAGGAUGUUGGAACCGUUCAGUCCACUGACAAGAGGACAGUACCCUAUCUUUAACAAAUAUCCAAAGUUUGUUGUGGAUUAUCAGGUGAACUGGGAACUAAGCAAGAUUCUACGGCCCUUAACUUAUGUGUCACAGAGACAGCUGGCCCAGGAGAUGAAGGAAGUUGCAGCUCAGCGGCAACAAGAAGAGGAAGCGUUUUACCGACAGCAGGAGCUCAUGAUAGACGCCGAGAAUCAGAGGAGAGCCAUGAUCAGCAAGGAAGAAGAAAAACUUGUCGAUCAGAGAAGCAGAUUGCAGGCAAUGAAACGAGAAGUUCACUUACGAGAACUGCAGCUGCUGGACGCUGUUCGCAGGCGCUUCAUGCAUCAUCAACAGACACUGAAAGAGGCGGAACUACAGAGACUUGACGACGAAAUUGAACGUAAGGCAUUGCUAAGAGAACAAGAAACAAGACACGCUAUAGAAGAUGCUGAAAUUAAAGGACUCGAGCUGCAAGCUCAAAAAGAAAUGCUUCAACAGGACUUGAUACGCGAUGAGCUCCAGUCUUCGUUCAAGCAACGAUCAGAGCAAACGAUCCAGCGCAAACAACAAGAACUGGAGGAGCAGCUGUUUAAAAGAACAAUGGACGCUGUGCAGGAGGUGGACAUUGACUCACAAAGGGUUUCUCAAGAGGAACUAGCCAAGGCUCAACAAAAGCACUCUUCUGUUAAUUUGGAGGGAGAGGUGGAAUUGAGAACCAGACUGGAUGAUCUUCACAGAGAGCUCAAUGAAGUGAAGGUUGCCCAGCAUGUUUUAGAGAACAAAGAAAGAGAGAACGAAGUUCAGUCGCUUGUUCAUGAGCUGAGGAACAAAGAGAAUGACGAAGUCGCCAAAAAGCAAUCCGAGUUGAGACAACAGAAGGCUAUCGUUGCCGAGGAGGAAAGAAGACGAAUGAAUCUGUUAAACGCCUUGUCGCGAGAUCACACCGCGACAAACCAUGAUUCCGAGUCAUUCUCUCGACUGAGGGACAUUCGUCAAGUCCCGGAUGAGGCCAGACGGCCGUUAAGUGCCGUCAUGCCCAGUAACACGGAUAGCAGCACAACCUCAACGGACUGGGACUCAAGCGGGACUCCAAUCACUUCACAUGAACCUUCACUAGAACGUCAGCGGGGAACGUUUGAGAAGCGUGAACUGGAACUUAUGGCUGAAGUUAGAGAUCUUAGAAAACGACUUGCUGCCAGAAGACAGCAGCGUCCACCUGGCUUUCUGGGAAAUAUACAACAAUAACUACCAGUUGGUGGAGAAUUUUAUUUAAGUUCUCUAGCGUUUCUUAGAACGAUUUAUUGUAAAUAUCUUGUACCCAAGGACUUGGUAGUUAAGUUCCGGUUGUCCUUUAUAUACGAACAGUUGAAUAAGAACGAGCUAUUUGAGUUAAAGCUGGUAAAUCUUUCCAGCUCACUCCAGUUGGACGGAGAAACAAGCGUCGUAUUUCUGUUACAACUCCCGACGCCUGGAGAGUUUCAGGAAAACUACCCGGCUCGCAGUCGCGAGCACAGCAGCUGUUGUCACAACCCGUUCCUAGGCAACUCUUUUUUCCUUCCUUGAGAAAGGUGGAAGAGAGGGGAAGGGGAACCGGCUGCAUGGGAACUUUGUUGCUGUCGUCAUAGGAUACGUCAUGUUGCUUAGCAACGUACCGUUGUCCACCGCGUGAGGUUAUUACCAAACAUUUACUUGUUCCUACGAAGUAUAUUAAUUGUUUUCGGAAUACUGUACAACAGUUCCGAACCAGUAAGGACCAGCACGUAUUUUCUCAGUGGUAUCAGUUAGAUAAACAAAGUAAACUUUGAUCUGACUUUUUCUUGCUUUGGCAAAUUGUAUGUUUACACCCACGAGUUUGGUUUGUCUUAUUGCAGUGAUUCCCUUGUUUUGAGUUUGCUCCCCAAAUAUUUGAAAAUGAAAAAAUGUAAUGAUAAAGCGGUUUUCUACGGUCUGCAAAUUAGUUUAAACCCAGAGUAAUCAGUGUGCUUCUCGUUUCUUCCCAAGGUGCUAUAUAACCGAUACGUUUUCAAAACAGGCCCAGAAAAGCACUGCAGCCAAAUUAAUGUCAACUGGCUUUGGCUUUUUCACCUGAUUGACCACAGAAACAUGUUCGCUCUGGUUUUUAAGCUCACGUAAGACGAGAAUUUUUGCACCAGCUUUACAUUCAAACACCGCCCUAGCUGUUCAGUUAAACUCAGAGAUAAUUGGUUUUUAUAUAUUUUCUGUAAACUCGGUGUACAAAAGAAGCUAGUUUUAUACGUUUUUAUCUUCAUGGUACAAUAAAUACUCUGCGUCCUGUACGUAGUCUCAACGUGGUGUGCAAGAGGGUGUGGUCCUGUAAAGAAGAUAAAGAAAAAAAGGGAAAAGUAUUAGCUCGGGAAAUACUAUUUUGUUGUUGUUAUUGUUGUUGUUGUUUGUUUUCUCACCCAGCAGACGUAUAAUUUCCUCGCAAAAGAAGGCUGAUAACGUAACCCCGUGAUCGUGAGCGUAAGACACUGGUGUAUACUAGUCGCUAGUUUGGCAGUGUGGUCUUGGAAAGCCUUCGAUUGUGUGGAUCAUUUGACGUGUAUUGAAAAACAAGGAAAACUAAUAUUUGGGGUGACCAUGUCCGUAAAUUUUAGCAUACCUUUACGUCAAGUGGCCAGUCGCCAAAUUAUAGUUUUUUCGUAAAAAAAAAAAUGCGCCAACUUUGCUGAGAGUUUUUUAAAACGCGCCAACUUUGCAGAGGGUUGUUUAAAACGCACCAACUUUACCGAGGGUUUUUCCUUAGCUAGAGAGUGCCCUGUCAGUUGUUUAAAACGGUUACUUUUAUUCUGGUAGACAUUCGUUUCAUCACGAAUAAUGUAUUCCUUACAACAGUGACAAGAAUCAACACGGAGCAACCAACGCAACGAAGCAAAACAACGUGCGAAAGAAGACUCCAUUAAACAAGUUUCACCUUAGACGCAGAGUACUAAAGACGCCCCAACUGGUUUGCAUUGACCUAGUGAAAUACAUUUACCCUUUUUAAAAGCUGGGAAAUACUUAGCAACGAGAAUCUGACUUGUAUUCUGGCUACCUUUUUUUAUUACUUUUUGUCAGUCGAGAACUUUAGAAAUUGUUCAAUCAAGAGACUUAUUGCAGAAACGCUGUUGGUUAAUGGGCUCUGGCAAAAUUGUGUAGAUGUCAUCGCCCGUACGUGAUAACACGGGCACUGCAGAUAAAAUUUAUAAAUAGAUAGCGUGCUGCCAAAUUUGUGUCAUUGUGAGUUUUAUGGCCGUGUGUUGUUGAGGUGCGUAGUUUUAGUGUUGUCAAUGCUUAUCUGCAAAUAAAAAUUUUGAAUAGAAGGCGUAUCCCGCAAAACUUGUGUUAGUUUCCUUUUUAUUUUUGCCAGGUCU